UUUUAUCAUUAUUUUGUAUUCUUAUUUCUUAACAUGAAAACUUUUCUUUUAAAAUAUAUUGAAUACUUGUCAAAUUGAGUGGUAUUCAUUUCAAUUGGAAAGAGAUAAAUUAUUGUGAAUCAAACACUUAAGAAGAAUAGGGUUUGGUAUGAUUCGUCCCAAGACCAAACAGGAUUUUACAGAUCAUGGGGUUGAUGAUGGCAGGGAUAGGAACGUUGAUUUUCUGGCUAAGGAGCUAUGAAUAAGGAUGAAGUUGUUAACAGUGAUAGUGAGGCUGAAGAGGAGGAGGAUGGUGAUGAUAUUGGGAAGAACAGCAAGCCUGAUGCUAAGAAGAAGGGCUGGUUUUCCUCUAUGUUGCAGAGGCACUUUGACAUCACCCAAAUUCCUGAUGUCUAUGAUUCAUGCAAAUAUGAUAUAUUGCACAAUGCGCAUCUUAAUCUAGAGGGACUGGACGAGCUAUUUAGAGUUGCUCAGGCACUUGCUGAUGGUGUAAUUCCCAAUGAAUAUGGAAUUAAUCCAAAGCAGAAGCUGAAGAUCGGUUCAGAGAUGCCAAGAAUAAUUCAUCGUCUGUUGAUAGUUCAUGACCGACAUAUAUAAACAUGCAGUAACGGAGACAAUGAUACAUCGGCGAUGAAAACUGGGAAGGAAGAUCGAGAGGCUAAGUCAAAACAUCAUAAGAAUGGUGAAAUGGCCAGAAAAUCAAGCUCUUUCAGUGAUAUCAAUGGAUCAAGACGAUGAUGAUGAUAAGGAGACCAAAUAUCGUUUAGAUCCAAAGUAUGAAAAUGUGAAGACUCCUGAAUGCCAUGUGCAAACACGCCUAUACUUCACAUCUGAAUCACAUCCAUUCUCUCAUGAAUGUUCUUCGAUAUUGUAAUUUGGAUGAAUCUCUUCAAGAAGAAGAGAGCCUUGUUUGUCAUAAUGCUCUCGACCGCCUAUAUAAAACAAAGGAGCUGGACUACAUGAGUUACAUUGUGCUGAGAAUGUUUGAGAACACACAGGUCGAUCUAGAAGAUCCAAAAAGGUUCCGCAUAGAGCUGACCUUCAGCCGAGGUGCUGAUUUAUCGCCGUUGGAGAAGAACGAUAGUGAGGCUGCUUCGUUGCACCAGGAGCACACACUGCCUAUUAUGGGUCCUGAAAGGCUGCUAUGCCGCCUGCAGAAGACUUUCCUCCGCCGACAACACCUGCCAGAUUCUCUGGCUAUUUCUCGAAAGGUGUGCUCGAGCGUCUGGUAAAUCUUUGGCCUUUCCAUAAGCAUGCCAAUACUAAUGGGAAAUGGUUAAUCCAGACUUCCGUUCCUACAAGUUAGGGUCUUCCUGACUUGUGUUUCUUGUAAAUAUAAAACUUCUGGAAAAAACGAAGCAAGCUUUGCCUUGCCUGGAAAAAAAUUUUGGAGCAUAUCACAUCCCUUUAACGAAUGUUGGUAGAAAGCACGCAUCGUGCCAAGGUUCUAUUACGAAAAACUUGUUGUAGCUUCACACAGAACGAACAUGCGAAUCGAGGAGUAACCGAUAAUUCAGCCAUGAACAC